AUGAGCUACUACGGAGGCUACUAUGGAGGCCUGGGCUGUGGUUAUAGCUCCGGUUAUGGCUGUGGAUAUGGCAGCUACGGUGGCCUAGGCUAUGGCUAUGGCAGUUGUGGCUGUGGAGGCCUGGGCUAUAGUGGUUAUGGCUAUGGAGGCCGGGGCUGUGGAGGCUAUGGCUAUGGAGGCCUGGGCUGUGGAGGCUAUGGUAGCUAUGGCUGCUGCCGCCCAUCUUGCUGUGGAGGGUUUUAUUCUUCUGGCUUCUACUGAAAAAACAGCUGCCCCUACAGUGUCAUGGAAUCAUUGUCCAAACCAGCUUGGGUCAAUUCCACAUCUUUCUAAGAACAUCACUUUCCAACAGUCUCUACAGCUGGCUGGCAUAAGAGAGAUACCUCAAGAAGCCUCAGAAUCCCUAUGGAGCCCUCCGGGCAGCAAAGUACCAGGGACUCAGAAGCAGCCGGAUCCGUCCAUCUGGGAAAAGAUACAGAAUCUCAUCUGUCAUGAGGGAGAUUCUCCCAAUGAGAACUCAUUUCCAGCAAGUUUGCUCAGAUCUGAUAUACCACAGCUGAGAUGUUUGUUGAGAUUUUCUAAUAAAUUUGUUUG